CACGGCGGCAGUCGUCUCUUAACAUUCUGUGAGCACGCAAUCCGAGUGGAGAGUGGAGCAGAGCCACACACCAUUUACCAUCAGAGAGGUAUUACAAAACCCAACCCGAACCCAAGCCUAAUGCAUCGCUGCUACAGCCGCGGGAACUUUGGAGCUGGCAGUGCGAUGAGAUCAUCAAUAGUGCAGCCACAGCCUCCCCAACAGCAGACACAACACCAGCGUCCACGUGGCGAUCUCAUGUCGGUGACGUCUUCAUCCAGACAGAGUACAAGACCCACGCAGUUUGUGAGGAGGCCGAGCAUCAGGUCGAGUGCGCCAGGACUGGGCCUGGGCCACUCCAGCACCGGGCUGAGCAACGACUUCAGUCGCCGCAACUCCACGGCCACUUUGGUGAGUCAUUGCUCCAGCUGCAGCUGCAGCUCCUCCCAGCAACGCCAGCAGAGUCGGGCCAAGGUUCUGCGGUGGGGUUGGGAGCGAACAGGAGGUGUCGACAGCAACACCAGCAGCAGAAUCGCCAGCAGCAGCACUAGCAGCUCCCCUCAGUACACGGACAAUCGACGUUUCUAUGAGCAGAGCGCAUGCGCUCUGCAGCAGGCCUACGACAAGCUCCAGCGGACCAACACCAACGCGGACAAGUGGCACAAGAACCGUGCCAACGAGGCCAAUAGGCAGCAGCAAUUGAACAGCACUACAGCCACACCCUACGCCCUGCGCCAAAAGAUGCUGCAGUUGCGGCUGCAGGCGGAAGAAAAGCAGGGCAGGGGAUCGGGGGCCACGUGUGCACCGCUGGGGAGGAGCUGCGCCCUGCGAUAUAAUUAAUAAUUGAUUAAAAAUAAACUAUAUUGAAAUGAUUAUUAAAACAAAUCAAUCAUGAAAUAUGUAAGCCAAUUUUUAGUGUUAAAAAUCAAUUAAGAUUGAAAUAGUUUUUUUGACUAGUACCCUAAAAUUAAGUAAGUCUUUUCUUAGAAAGUUUAAGAAAUAUUAUAACGAAUAACAUAAAGCAAACUUUAAUUAUAUUUUAGAAAUUCCAUACUUCUCAAAGAUUGAGUUAAAUUAUUGUCCUUAAACAUAAAACCUAUCUAUACGGAAAAGAUUUACUUUUGGAUUUACUUUAAGAAAAAGAAAGUGCUCAAUUUUAGCAAGAAAACUUUAUAAGUUCAUUUUGGAAUUAAAUCAAAAAGUAGAAAAAUUGGGCGGAAAUAUGUCUGGAACUGAACAACCAUUUCCCGCAAAAGGGAUAUAUAUAUAUAACUUAUGUUUGGUAUAGAUAACAUACAUAUGUAUAUACGAAGCUUAUGGGCAUUUUCUUCACUCAAAAGUAUGGUCCUCCGUUCGUCAUAGUUAUCAAGUCUAAAAAUCUAUAAAGAAUAGCUCAGCACUUGGAAAACCAGGCUCAAGAAAGUACUCCCUUUUAGUUCGAAAUUUCGACACGAAAAUAAUCUAUAAAUAGGUUCAGUAUGGAUUGCAAUUUCUACAAAAAUAAAAAAGUAAUAAAGAAUCUCGUAGGUUUCAAAUAAACAAUUAUUUUUCCGCUAAGUGCUAAUCUUUGGAUACAAUUAAAACCACAAGAUCUUGUUUGUUUUUUUUUAUUGCUAGUAUGUAUUUCAUUUUUCUUUUUAAUAAAACAGUGCUAUUUUGUUACAAGUGCUUCGUCAUUGAGUUCUUUUUUUUCGUUUUUUUUCUUUUAAUUUUUUUUUGGUUUUUUUAAUGCAUUUUAUGUUUUUUCAUACUCAUUCGUUUUGUCUUUUCCAAUUUCCCUUUUGAAAUAAAUUUACGAUAUUACGUUAUAGAUUUCUUAUGUCUUGUCUUUUUGCGAAAACAGCCGAUGUCAUACUUCUUGAUCUUGAUAUUACGAGUACAUACAUAUAUGUAUGAGUGUAAAUAUACGUGGAAUUCAGUUACAACAUUGAACAGAGUACGAGUACUAGAGUGUGAUUUAGAAAAGGAUUCGCUUUGGGUAACGCGAUUGUUGCUGGUUGGUUGUCGGGGCGGGGGAUUUUACAAACGAAACCAUUUUGGGGGCUGGGAGGUAAUCUGCGUCAUGUUCGCCUACAUCGCCUGGGCUUAAUACUUGAAUGUGUGGUUGGGUGCCGGAUUUUCAG